CACCCACUGAAAUCAGAAUCGGUUUAUUGUAGACCUGGAAAGCCCAGUUAAUAUAAGAUUUUAUGAGACCCUCGUUCAUAAAUCGCGACCCAAGUCACGUUGCCUGGUUCCGGGCGGGAGGUUACAUCUAUCCAAGAUUUUUUAUGAUCCUCAUUCAAAUUUUCCCUCCAUUUGUCUUCCAUAAUCAUUCCAAUUUCUCAUGAAACUCGCGACGCCCAAUACGCGUCUCUUCACGAGCUCUUCUAUGGCCCCAAAAUCAGGGCGAGUAUCCAAGAAUUCAAUAUCCACGGACACCAGUAAAGAGCUCCACGCACACCUCAUAAGAACCCAAUUGCACACUGACCCCUUUUUAAUGUCUGAUGUUAUCAGAUCGUAUUCUCUAUCAUCCACAAAUCUGCACAAAGCCCAUCUCGUUUUUAAUCAGAUUGAAUGUCCCACAUUGGUUGUUUGGAACCAUAUGAUCCGGGGUUUGUCACAAAGUGACCAUCCAGUUGAAGCAAUUCACAUGUAUACUCGUAUGCAUCACCAAGGAAUAACUGGGAAUAAUCUGACUCUUAUAUUUCUUUUCAAGGCCUGUGCUCGGGUCUCGGAUAUUGUGUCUGGUCGAAAGAUUCAUGUUCAUGCUCUGAAACUCGGGUUUGAGUCGUAUCUUUUUGUUUCCAAUGCUCUGAUUCAUAUGUAUGCAAUGUGUGGUCAAUUGGGUUUUGCGCAGAAAAUGUUUGAUGGAAUGCUGGAUAGGGAUUUGGUUUCUUGGAACACUUUGAUUUGUGGUUAUAGUCAGUACAAUAAAUAUAAGGAGGUGUUACGUCUUUUUGAUGCUAUGACAGCAGCAAAUAUAAAGGCUGAUGCAGUGACUAUGGUGAAGAUUAUUUUAGCUUGUAGCCAUUUGGGUGAUUGGGAGUUUGCUGAUUCAAUGGUGAAGUACAUAAAGGAAAAUAAUCUUGAGAUUGAUGUUUACUUGGGAAACACUUUGAUUGAUAUGUAUGGGAGGCGUAGUUUAGCUGAAUUGGCACAAGGAGUUUUUGAUAGGAUGCGGGAAAGGAAUAUUGUUUCUUGGAACGCCUUGGUCAUGGGGCAUGCAAAAGUGGGAAAUUUAACUGCAGCUCGGAAGCUUUUUGAUAACAUGCCGAAGAGGGAUGUGAUCUCUUGGACCUCUAUGAUAACAGGUUACUCUCAAGCUAGCCAAUUUUCAGAUGCAGUGAAGCUUUUUCAAGAAAUGAUGGCAGCUAAGGUGAAACCUGAUAAAGUUACAGUGGCUAGUGUGCUUUCAGCUUGUGCCCAUCUAGGCAAGCUGGAUGUGGGAUGGGCUGUUCACCACUAUAUUCGCAGGCAUGGUGUACAAGCAGAUAUUUAUGUGGGGAACUCCUUAAUAGAUAUGUACUGCAAAUGUGGGAUGGUAGAGAAGGCAUUGGAAGUGUUUCACAGAAUGAAAGAUAAGGACUCUGUGUCAUGGACUUCUGUCAUUUCAGGCCUUGCUGUGAAUGGUUUUGCGAAUUCUGCACUUGACCUCUUCUCACAAAUGUUGAGAGAAGGUGUUCAGCCAACCCAUGGAACCUUUGUUGGGAUUUUACUAGCUUGUGCCCAUGCUGGGUUGGUGAAUAAAGGUUUGGAAUACUUUGAAAGUAUGGAAAGUGUUCACGGAUUAGUACCAGCUAUGAAGCAUUACGGGUGUGUGGUUGAUCUCUUGAGCCGCUCAGGCAACAUAGAUAAGGCAUAUGAGUUCAUAAAGAAAAUGCCAAUAGUUCCUGAUGUUGUAGUAUGGAGGAUUUUGCUGAGUGCUUGUAAGCUUCAUGGAAAUGUUGUCCUAGCUGAGAUUGCCACCAAGAGGCUUCUUGAAUUGGAUCCAUGUGAUAGUGGGAAUUAUGUUCUUCUAUCUAAUACCUAUGCAGGGGUGGAUAGAUGGGAUGAUGCUAUGAAAAUGAGAGAGUUGAUGGAGGAUAGUGAUGUGCAGAAGCCAUCUGGGAGUAGUUCUAUUGAAGUGGAUGGCAUGGUGUCAAAUUACUCUCAAGAACCUGGUCUUCUCCAAGUUGAAACAAGGAAUGAUUUUACAGUAUGUAAAAGUGCAGAUAUCCCUAAAUCAAUGCAUGGCAGUUAUAGGAAAAUCAAUAUAUGAACAAUAGGUACAGACAAUUAAAAAUAAACUGUACCUUAUAUUGAUACAGCUAGCAUUGUCCACAAGAUGAUCCUAUUUGGUACUUUAUCCAAAUAUCAUCCUUGUCAGAGUCUGAUUUGCUUC